CGCGGCAACUUGCAAGGCCCAAGUGAGGUACCUCAGUACCCAAGUUCCGGGCCAGGACCCCCUUCAUAUUCUCCAAGGGGGGAAGGGGGCAAGCAGGGGAGCCAGAAUGGAGAGGAGCGUGGACUUAGCCAUGCCGGAUUAUGGCCUGUGGCCUUCCCUGCAACUCGCCCAUCCCAUGCCACGCCAUGCCAAGCCAAUGCCAGGUACCCGUACCGCUCCCAAGUUUGAAGUGCAAGGCGUUGGCGUUGGUGAUGACUGAUGGUGUUGGUGCUGGCGCUGCGUUGGGUACCCAGCUCUGCACGCUAGGCGACUGAUUGCCCUUACCCGUUUCCGAGCCCGGCUGGCCCCCUUCACAGAGAUGAUCGACUAUGAGAGUCUUAAGAAGAACAGCAACGAGCGGGCCAAACUGAACCCUUGCUCAGGUGGUCGGUCAUACGAAUGAAAGCCCCGGUGUUUGUUGAUGGUCGAGAACGACGAUGAACAGCAGCCCAUGGACGAGACGGGCACCGCCGGCCUGCUUUCGGUCGUCCCCUUCGAAUAGGCAUCGUCCUCGGGGCAAGGCAAAGAAAUCGUUCCUAUCUACGAAGUGGGAGAAGAAGGAGUGAAGGGGUGAUGGGGGUAAUGGGGAAUCUAGAACUGCAUCGAUUGAGACUAGAGUAAUGCCGUACGUAGCCUCUCGCGGUCGCGCAUGCGCCAGCUCGGUGUGGCAGAGAGUCGGGCCGCUCGCUCUCUUUCUCUCCUUUCCUCUUUAAUUUGACAAUUGUUUAGAGAAAAGGCGUGAGAAAUGGUGGGAUGGCUUAGCCCGACUUGGGCGCGUGAUGAGGCAGCCUACGUGAGCGCUGCUCAUUUGCGGUAUAGGUAGGUAAGUAGGUCGGUACUGAGUGAGUCUCUUACUCUGUUGGCCCUUCCCCCUCCCCCUUCAU